CCCCCACCCGGAAACAGCGCAGAGUGUGAUGAAGCGCGGAAGUGUCGAGGGGGAAUUCCUCCACAGUCAGUACCUGUUCGAGCUUUUCUGGACAUUUUUAUUUAAUUCACUUUAUCAAACUCGAUUCUGACUUUCCAGCUGGGCGAGGCUGAAGAUGUUUGCCGACCUUAGCGUCUGUGGUUGACUGUAAACCGGGCCGUGUUUCCUGGGCUGAAGACCGACAGACAGUGAUCUGUGUUAGCGCAGAUAGUUAAACACCGUGAACGGCUUAAAAAGAUCAUGGUCCAGCCGCAGCCUUCAGGUGGUUGUACUCUCCAGUGGGAGCUGACAGGAGAGGAGACUGUGGGUGCCAGGGGUCAAGGGUCACUGAUGGGGUCUAUGGGGGUCCCUCCUGAUUUAGCUGGAAAUGAAGUGGUCCAUAGACUCAUAACAGAUAAUCAUCAGCUACGAGAGGCGCUGAAGCGAAGCAAUGAUGCCCUCAAAGAAAGAUGUGAAGAGAUGGAGGGGUGGCAGAGGAGGUCAAGAGAGGAGCGCGAGUUCUUGAGCUGUAGAUUUCGUGAGGCCAGAGCUUUAGUGCAGCGACUGGCACAGGAAAACCAGAGCCUGCUAGGACAGCUCAACCACAGCAUCAGUCAACCAGGGAGUCCAAGUGAUGGCAUCUCUAAAGAGACUGGAAAUCAAGGCCAGGACCAAGAGCUGAAGUGCACUAAUGUAGAGAAGAAUGUCCUUGUGGACUCACCAGAAGUAUUAAAUGAAGCUGUACUGACAGACCGAGCUGAAGGAAAAGCUGGCAGACACACAAUGCCUCAGAGUUUGCCUGCUGAGGGCUCUAAUGAUUUUCUGAAACUGCUGAAAAGCCACAAAGAAAAGCUGGAGGAAGGGAUGAGGGCUCUGAGGAGGAGGAAUGAGGAGCUGGAGAAGGAGAAGACGGAGAAUGAGAAAGAGAGAGAAAAUCUCCUCGCCACUGUAGAGCAGUUACGCUCCAAACUCAAUCAGAAUGGUGGUGUUACUGAAGAGUCAGUCCAGCAGGCAUGUGCUCUCACCGUUCCUGCAGAAAGGUACAGGGAGCUCCAGGAGAAGCUGGACUGUCUUCAGAAGAGCUCUGUUCAGAGAGACAGAAAUGAGGCUCUACUCAAACAGAAGGAGAAAGACUUUGUUCAGCUGACAAAGGAUAGUGAAGCUCUGAGGGCUCAGGUCACAUCCCUUCUCGGUGAAUUGAAUGAACGACAAAAUUGGCUGGAGAAAAGUGAAGCAGAGAAAAGAAUUUUGGAGGAUAAGUUGGGCAAGAAGACCGAACGCCUGCAGACUUUAGAGAAAGACAUGGAGCAGCAGAAGAAGCAGCACAGUGUGACAGUGGACAAUCUUUUACUGCAGACGCAGAACCUAGAGACUGCACUGAAGAACGAGAGGCUCGUGAUAGUGGAGGAGAGGAGGAAGCUGGCCCAGCUCCAACAUGCCUACACAUGUUUGUUUCAGGAUUAUGACAAAAAACUGAAAAGUGAAAAGCAAGCCAAUCACAGGAGUGGAGAGGCAGAUACUCUUGCUAACAGGUUAGCUGAGGCUGAGAAAGCUCUGGCCCUGAAACAGGAUCUCAUCGAUAAACUCAAGGAGGAAACGGAGCAGCUGAGAGCUGCAUUAGAGACUAUACCAGUGCUGAACGCUCAGGCAGAGAUCUAUAAAAUGGACUUCCUGGCUGAGAGGGAAGCCAGAGAGAAACUCAAUCAAAAGAAGGAAGAGUUGCAGGAGGAGCUGAGCAAGGCAAUAGCUGAGAUAGACAGACUUAAGCAAGAAGGAACCUCGAGAGCUCGCAUUGAAGAGAUGCAACAGAGACAUUUGGAGGACUACAGGCCUCGUCCACACCCAGUUCCUCCAGCCGCACCUUUCCCAGGAGCGGCCAUGUUUAACCCUGCCCAACCUCCAUCUGCACGCAGAAGAGACGAAGAUCACGAUGGACUGCCUGAUUAUUGCUGUCCCAAAUGUAUGUACAAGGCUCCAGACAUGGACACCCUGCAGAUUCACGUCAUGGACUGUAUCCAGUGAGAGGAAGAGAUGUUCGGGUGAUCUAUUGACACCUGAGUGAACUAUAAUAACAGCAAAAUAAAUAAAAUCAAGAAGUGAAAAUCAAAACCAUGCUAGAAACAAGAACACAAGACCCAUCUAAGGACUUUGAACAUUUAAUCCUGCUGCAGAUUCACUUGAAGUAGACAGAUAGCAAAUGUUUUGAUCAUGUGGCUAUAUCAGCCAUGUUUCUGUACACUUAGUGUGUGUGUAUCUAUUUACAAAAAAAGCUUAUCUGUACAGCCGUUCUGUGACGGCGUAGUGUAAUGUACUGCACGAGUGAAUGUUUGCGUCUGCUUUAUGUCUGCACACAUCUGACAAUGACAACGAUUCCUGUAUACCUGUGGUAUUUGUUUCUCUGGAUGUACGCCACUCUUUAGGAGGAUUUAUGGCCGCCUAUGUUAAUAUUGUGUAUGAUCAGCCAAAGUGAAAAUGAAAAAAAAACAAGAACUUUGUACAGACUAUUGUUAUGGAGAGAUUUAAAGAAAUAAAAGUAUGAAUCUA